CAAACAUUUGAAAAUUUGACAGAAUAAUGGCUGCGCCUUAUCAUCAGCUUGUGCUCUUUGGGGACUCUUUGUUGCAAGGGUCAAUUGACGUCCAAAGCGGAUUUUCAUUCCAAGCCGCGCUCCAAGCUCGCUUGAUUCGACGCCUUGAUGUGGUAAACCGUGGGCUUGCGGGUUGGAACACCAGGAAUGCCGUCGAGUAUCUGCCUAAGAUAAUACCGGAGCCCAAUAAUCUGUUGCCGAAAUUGGAUUCCCUGAUCGUUUUGCUUGGUGCCAACGAUGCUAUUAUCCCCCAUCCUGCGUCGACGAGGGAUGUGCCUGUUGAACAGUACAAGGACAACUUGACACGUAUCAUCAACCACGCACACAUCAAGUCUCACGCGCCUACAAUUCUGCUGGUCACACCACCUCCUGUUGAUGAAAGAACCGUCAAAGAGCUCGGCCAUGAGACCCGGUCUGUAGACCACACAGCCUUGUAUGCUGAAGCAGUUCGGGAAAUUACGAAGGAAAACCCUGGGGUGGUUCUUAUUGAUCUAUGGAAAGCUAUUUUCGACAAAGUGGAUUCAUCUGGAAGGCAACUUGAUCAAUUAUUUACGGAUGGAUUGCACCUGAACGGAGAAGGCUACAAGAUUUUCUACGAUCUGGUCGCUCCACAUAUUCCCGAGGGGAGCACUUCCCAAUAUGUGUACCCAGACUGGCAAGAUCUCAGCUAGAGUAUAUAGAGUAUAGCUAAUGCUGUGAUUUAAAUAGUUUGGUUCGACUAUGAA